AUGACGCAUGCAGAACUGGAUCAUCGUCGCUCAUUGCCUCUUUGGGCAGAAAGAGAUUCAGCUCUCCUAUUCGUCCACUCGGUCCUUCGAGAUGAGCCAAAUAACAUCUUCGCUCACUGGUUCAAAAACAUUGAUUGUGCAUGUUCAGGCGCAAUCUUGAGAUGUUUUCUCCUGGGGCGCUGGAGGAAAAAAGCGGAGAGGAUCGGAGGAAGUCGUAAAGGCGAACGGGUGUCUCCUUGCUACGAGAUGCGGCCAGGAGUCAGUGACCUCAACGUUCCGUUACCGCUAUCCUAUGUCCCAGUCCAAAAGACGAAAGGUAUGCCUCGAAGGCUGCAAGAAGAAUUCCAAAACGGCACGGAGAAGACCGAGAUGAUGCUGGGAGGGUUGAAUCCCUUUUUCUCGGCUUCACAUGGUAACCCAGAUAUUGGUGUAAAUAGCCCUCUUUGCGGAUGGAACUAUCAACGGCUCGCGUUUGAUCGUCGUUCCUACGGAUCUCUUAAACGUGGCAACGACGCUGAUCGCACGAAGCCAUUCGACACGCUCAUGGCGAACAUUUGUACUAGGAGAGGAUUCCCGAGGACAAGAUACAGCGACGAUCGCCCCUGAGAAAAGAUGACUGGCAGCAGGACACAAGAGCGUCGGCUAGUGUGCCCCCAAUUUGCC